AUGGGACAAUCCGCGCGGUCGCUCGACCAGGUGCCCGGCCGCGUCCACGCUGGCCGCAGGCUCCGCUCGCCGGGUCGCCUCGCCGCUGCUCCGCCCCCGGCUGCGUCCACGCUGGCCGCAGGCUCCGCUGCGCCGGGUCGCCUCGCCUCGCCGCUGCUCCGCCGGGUCGCCUCGCCGCUGCUCCGCCGACAUCGCGGCACCGGCCGGUCGCGAUAUUGCAGGUCAAUUUCUGGUACUUGGAACGCCGCAUUAAAUGAUUUUUUUAAAAACACGAGUAAGCCUAAGCUACCGGCGCCGGCGGUGGUGAGCAUGGCGUCGAGGGAUCCGUUGAUCCUCGGGAGGAUCGUCGGCGACGUAGUUGACUACUUCGACGCGUCUGCGCGGCUGAGGGUGCUGUACGGCGACCGCGAGAUCACCGUCGGGUCCGAGCUGAGGCCGUCGCAGGUGGCCAGCCCGCCGACGAUGCGGAUCACGGGGCGCCCCGGAUCACUCUACACGCUCGUGAGUGAUGGGGUAGACCCUGAUGCGCCUACCCCAACCGACCCUUCCAAUAGGGAGUACCUCCAUUGGUUUGUUACAGAUAUACCAGACGGAGGUGACGUGGGCCAUGGAACUGAGGUGAUGGCGUACGAGAAGCCGCAGCCGACGGCGGGGAUCCACCGCAUGGCAUUCGUGGUGUUCCGGCAGGAGGUGCGGCAGGCCAUCUACGCGCCUGGGUGGCGCUCCAACUUCGUCACCAGGGACCUGGCCGAGUGCUACUGCCUCGGCGCUCCGGUCGCCGCCGCCUACUUCUACUGCCAGAGGGAGGGCAGCUGCGGUGGCCGGAGGUACAGGGUGUAG